AAAAAAAAAAAAAAAAAAAAAAAAAACAGAAAUGAACUAAUACACAAAACAUAAUGAUGACAUGAAAGAGAUUCAUGGCCAAGGAACACCAAACCAGCGCGCAACCUUGGGGUACGUUAGAGGAGCUAUUAUUGGCCUGCGCCGUGAACCGCCACGGCACCGACAGCUGGGACUCCAUCGCCAUGGAAGUACAGAACCGAACAUCUACACUCUGUUCUCUCACUUCGCAACUCUGUAGGGAUAAGUUCAACGACCUUAAACAGCGUUUCAUGCCUCAAAAUGAUACAUCUGCCAGUCUCGUUCCCAUGGUAGAUGAACUCCGUAAGAUUCGGGUGGAGGAGCUUCGACGUGAGGUCCAUCGACGUGAUGUCUCGAUCGUGUCCCUCGAAUUGAAGGUCAAGAGAUUAGAGGAGGAAAGAGAACGCAGCUUGAACGUGGAGACAGAUCUGGCGACAGAGAAAAAACCUUCUCCUGAGAAGGUUACCGGUGAAUCCGCCGCCGGUGACGACUCCAGUGAGGAGCGCGACAACCGAUCGUUCAACGAGUCCAAUUCUACGGGUCAACAAAAAGCUGAUACAUCAGCGGUGAGAGAGCAAAACGACAUCGUAAAUGGAGAACCGGGUAUAAAAACCGAACCGGAAAUAAAAAAUGAAAAUGAUCGGGUUCGUGACGGAUCCGACCCGAAGUAUUGGUCCCGCAACGGUAAGUUAGAGGAGGUCGAUGAUGACGAUAAACCACCACUAGAUAAAAAGGAAACUGAAAUUAAAAUGAGUCGGACCACGGGUGGGCUCGGCGAGUCAAAUGAGCUGGUCGAAUCGUUCGGGGAGUCUAAGCGGGAAGAGAAAGAUAAGCAAAAUAGUGACGUGCAAAGCUCAGCUAGUUUGUCGCUGAAGACUAAGACACGGCGUCGUAGGAGUGGUAGUGGCAGUGGAAACGUUUUGGGGGUUGGUAGUAGCAGCGGGGAGGAGCCCGAGGGAGGUGAUGAGGUUUCUCCCGCCACGAAGCAGACGCCCGCCGUCAAAUCAGAGUCGUUGGUUAAGCUUAUUGGGAUAAUUCGGUCUCAUCGGCUUGGCUCUGUGUUCGAGCGGCGGCUUCGAAGCCAGGAAUCCGAACGGUACAGAAAGUUGAUCCGGCAACACAUGGAUCUCCAGACGAUUCAACUUAGGCUUGAUAAAAGGGUCUACUCUUCGUGCAUUCAAAAGUUCUUCAGAGAUCUUCUCCUUUUAUUCAAUAAUGCAAUCAUUUUCUUCAGAAAAAAUUCACCAGAAAAUCUUGCUGCUUGUGAACUUCGAGCUAUAGUCUGGAAGGAAAUGACUGAGAAGCUUCGGAAACCAGAACCUCAACCCAUCAUCGUUAAACCAUUUAAACCUGUUAUACCUGAACCCAAACAACAACCUAAACCGGUUUCCCUUUCAAAACCCAACAGAUCUUCUUCUACCAUUGUUGUUUGCGGCAAGGCCAAAUCAUUGUCUGAAAAUGCUACUAAAAAAGUUGAUAGUAAGAAAGAAAGAGUGAUUGAAGAAAAACCAAAGUCAAGUGCCAAGAAGAAUGAAGCUUCACUUGUUAAGAUUGAGGAUAAAAGCAUAAAGAAGAAAAGGACAAAAGAUAGGACGGUGUCGUCCAAUCAUAAGGUCUCUAAUACAAGCAACAAAAAUGGAGAGAUAAAGCAUCAAUAUGGCGGCAAUGAGCUUAGUUCACAUGAUGCUUUGGAAAUGAAGGUGGAAAGAAAAGGGAGUACCACGAGGAAGAGACAAGGAGCAGCAAGCUUCUUGAAAAGAAUGAAGCAAAAUUCACCGAGUGAAGUAACUGAGGAGGAUGAUGACGACGACGGUGAUGACAAUGAUGGUGAUGACUCCUCUGAGGAAGAGAGUAAAAAUGUGAAAGGAAAGGAGGAAAAAGGAAGAAAAGGAAGGAAUAGAGAGCCAAUCAUAGAACGAAUUACAAGGAGUUCCAGAGGAAGAGGUGCAAGAGAAGAGAGUGGAAGAGGAAAGAGAAACCUCGGAAGGCCACCAAAGAAGCAGGCAGAGAGUACGGUAGAGUCAGGGAAAAGGAGGAGAGAUAAUGGUUGUUCUGAGGGUGGUGGGAGGGCCAAGAAGAGGUCAAGGAGGUGAUGUGGAUUGUUGUAUGAUGUAUAUUACUGCUGAUUUUUUUUUUUUCUAAUUUUAAUUUUUUGCCUUGCUUAUAUGUUAAAAUGUCACUAUUCAUUAGAAAGUUAAAGAGGAGAUUAGGAAAAAGGGAAGUUGAGAAUGUACUGUGAACUUGUAGAAGAAUGUUUGUGGUAGUCAUUGCAUAUACACAGCAUCUGUAGGGAUAACAUGAAUGAUAAGCUAAGAUUUUUUUGUUUGUUGCA